CCGAGAUCAUAUGAUAUUUCAAUGGAGAAGCACGUCUGAUAGGCGUCGACAUAUAUCUCUAGCCAGUGUUUAAUUUUCUGGCUCAAUAUCGGCGGUUUUACGUGUCAUUGGUGUUAAAAAUAUAACUUUCAGCCAUGGCGCUCAGCGAUGCAGAUGUUCAAAAACAGAUCAAGCACAUGAUGGCCUUCAUCGAACAAGAGGCCAAUGAAAAGGCCGAAGAAAUCGAUGCUAAGGCCGAGGAGGAGUUCAACAUUGAAAAGGGCCGUUUGGUCCAACAGCAAAGGUUGAAGAUCAUGGAAUACUAUGAGAAGAAGGAGAAACAAGUUGAACUCCAAAAGAAAAUCCAGUCAUCAAACAUGCUGAACCAAGCUCGUCUGAAGGUACUUAAAAUACGUGAAGACCAUGUACGCAGUGUACUGGACGAGGCCCGCAAACGCCUGGCUGAAGUUCCCAAUGACACCAAGCUGUACUCAGACCUUCUUGUCACACUCAUGGUUCAGGCUCUAUUCCAACUUGUUGAACCAGCCGUGACUAUCCGUGUAAGACAAGCAGACAAGGCCCUUGUAGAAUCCCUCUUUGCCAAAGCCCAGCAGGACUACAAGGAAAAAAUCAAGAAGGAUGUACAGUUGAAGCUUGAUGCAGACAACUUCCUAUCACCUGACACCUGUGGUGGAAUUGAACUUAUUGCUGCUAAGGGUCGCAUCAAGAUUUCCAACACUUUGGAGUCCCGGAUGGAGCUGAUCGCUCAGCAGCUGCUGCCGGAGAUCCGUACCGCUCUGUUCGGACGCAACCCUAACCGUAAAUUCUCCGACUAGAUUAUUACCCUAUAUUUGUUACUACUAACAUUUAAACUUUCUUAUUAGUACUAAAUAAGUGUUUUAUUUUGCCUAAAUAAUAAUUAUAUAUUUUAACAUGUAAUGCCGUUUAGAAUAUCUUGAAUAAUUAGUCAUCAGAAAUGUUAAUCAGAUCAUGUAAAGCUGGAACCUGGUUUUACAGUGAGUGCAUUAGUUUCGCCGAAAUAUUUUACUAACAAUUCAUUCGAAUAGCCCAUUUAUAUUAGAGGAUGUAGUUUAUAGGAUUUUGGAAACGUUUAAUGUUGCUAUAGAUCAUGUAUGGAAUUUAUCAAAUGUCUAACCAAUUUCAGUAUUAAGGCACAAGUUACGGGAUGCCUUCCUCAGAGGAUGGUCUCUACCUGUUUUCAUUAACCUGAACUCAUCUUCUAGGGAAUAAAUAAUGACUGUAAGAAUGAGGUAUGACGGCAGCAUCCUAUGCUAUGUCCACUUAAAUCUAGAUUUAACUGGGCGCAGUGUAGUGUCAUAAAUCAUUCUUGCAGUACAAUACAUUCCUUCCUGGUAAUCUUCGUUUUUGGCUUGCUUAAAUGAGCACUAUAGCUCAUAAUUUAAGAUAUGUAUGUUUCGAUUAUGGCACUGUUAAAAUUCUUAUGUAAAUAUAUAGAUGUGUUUAAA